GGAUGUGAUUUGGGCGGUUGGUUGUUCGUUAGUUUUGUCGUUGCUGGUGCUCUUGUCCGUUGGAUUGCUAGGAUCCAUUGGUUCUCCUUUUGGUCGACAGUCCAAUUGCAGAAAUGGAACCGCCACCUUCACAGCAGAACAUUACGCGUGGGUGGUCGAUGGACUGCCAAUGCUACUCCAAAGGGGCUGACCUUCACCUCCCCGUGUCCCUGAACAAGAUGGACCAACGAGUUGUGACCAUGUGCUCUGCGAGAAGUGCAUCAAGGUGGCCAUCAAAUUGUUGCUGCUACUACUGCUCGACCUGUGCUGUGAGCGGGGCUGACGCCGCAUGCUGCCUGCCAUUGGAGCUGGCCAGGGAGCUUCUGCUUGCCGUGCGUGCCUCCUUCCUUCGGCAGAAGCACCAGGCUGUUAUCGCGAUGAGGAUGCUGUGGGAAAAUAGGGACAUGUUUGAUCUGGUUAUCAGUGAUGUCCACAUGCCAGACAUGGAUGGCUUUAAGCUUCUUGAGCUUGUGGGGCUUGAAAUGCACCUCCUUGUCAUCA